AUGAAGUCCGAGAUCGUACUCAAACUUCACCAACUUACAGUCGAUGAUUUUAUUGAUUUUUUAUCUGCGCCACUACUGACGAUGAUUUGGACACAUGAAAUAGAUCAUUAUUCUCAAGAAGAUCGUCAACAUAUAUCAAAAUUAGAACAACAACUAUUACAUGAAUAUCAAGAAUUAAAGAGUGAUAUUGAAGACAAUGAAUUGAGAUAUAAUUUAAUAUUUACUCGUCCAUUUAGUUCCUAUUUAUUACCAAAAGAUCCUCAACAUUUAGCAAAAGAACGACGUAUAUUUCUUGAACGUUUAUCACAUGUAGAAACAAGUCCAAAUAUUCAGUUUUUAAGCGAUGAAAUAAGAGAAGAAUUAGACUCAGCUACGAAUAGUGAUUAUACUGCUGAAUCAUUAUCAAUAUUAUUACAUGAAUAUUAUUUAAAACGUUUAUCAUCAUUAACAUAUGCUAAAACAUUACAUUGUGUUCGAUGGAAACGUUUUUGUCGAUAUUAUACAAAUUUUGAUCAUGUUCAAAAACAAUUUAAAUUACGAUCAAAUCGUAUUUUAGCUGAAUUUAACGAUGCAUUACAACGAACACAACGAUUACGUAGUGUUCGAGAAAGUUUAUUAUCAUCAUCAGCAACAGCAAAACAAACUCAACAGUUAUUAAUAGCUGAUGAUUAUAUUUCAUUUGUUCGUCAACUUGUUUGUCAAUAUCGUGGUUCAAAAUAUUUUGAUCAAUUUACACAAUUAAUACGUUUAUCACAUUUAAAAUUUCGAACAAAAUUAUCAUCAGAACAAACAGAUAUAAUUAAUCUUGAACCACCAUCAAUGCAAAAUUUAUCCUUUACAUUUCCAUCUUCUGUUCAUACAAAAUCAUCUAAUUUAACAAUAUUAAAUGCAAAUAAAUUACCAACAAUUGAUAUUGAACAAAAACAAACACUGGAAAAAUUAAAACCAUUAUUAAAACAAUACAGUAUACCCUAUGAUAUUGAUAAAAUAAAAACAAUGGGCGAUGAAAUGGAACUUUAUGCAACAAUUAUUAGACAUUUUCGUACACUCUUUUAUAAACAAGAACAAGAAAUUCCACGUUUUAAAUAUGAUUCGGCACCGGCAAAUAUUAUGAAUAUGUCACGACAAUCAUCAGUCUAUAAACUAUUAAAAUCAUCACCAUGGACAAAAUUUAUUGAUAUUUAUCCGGAAAAAUCACCACAAGUUGAAAGAGAUUAUUGUCGAUAUAAAAUUCGAUCAAAUACAAAUGCAAAAAAUGAUGAAUUAUUAAAAAUGAUAUCAAAAUUUGUUCGUGUACAUAAUGCUGAUAAAGCCACAAAUGUUUUAAAACAAUAUUUAAUUGCAGUUAAAACAAAACAAAAUGGAGCUAUUCAAAGAUUAGUUCAAAAUGCUAGUGGUCAAAGUGCAAUUGCCGAUAUUUUUUGGAGAAAUAUAUUUGAAGUUACAAAAGAUCAAAAUAAUAAUAAUGAUGAUGAUAAUCAAACUGAUGAAAUUGAAGAUGAUGGAAAUUUUCAUGAUGAUGAUGCAAAAUCGGCUCGAUAUAUGAAACGAGAUGAAUUUAAUUAUACGGAAACACUUCAAAAAUUAGGUCUCGAUGAUACUGGUAUGCAUGAUGAUAAUGAAGAUGAUGCAUCAGAAUCAUACGGUUUACAAUUAUCAUUUAUAACAUUACGUUUAUUAAGAAUUCGUGAACUUCGAACACAAUGUUUACAUGAAUAUAAUUAUAUUCGUUCUCUUCAACGUACUAUGACUAUUUAUGAACAACAUUUAACAAUUAUACCUGAAAAUAAAAAAUCAUCAAAAAGUGAAGAAUUACGUUCAAUUGAUGCUCGUUUUGGUUCAAGAAAAAUACCACAUACGUAUUUAUUUGAUGCACCAGAUCAGUGUACCAUUGAUGAUCUAAAUUUUAUGGAAUCAGGAGAGGAAACAGAAAAUUUUGAAGAUUUUUUUCAUUUUGAUGAUAAUAAUGAUAAUUGUGUUCAUGUACAAGAUCCAUUAGGUUUUCAUAUUAUUUAUGAUUGUGCCAUAGAUGAUGUACAACAAUUAGAAGAUGAAAUUAUUUCUAUUGGUUCAUAUUUUAUUGAAAAAGAAUGUGUUUUACAUCCACCAUCGUCUGAUGGUAGUAGUAUUGAUUAUACACGAAAAAUUGAUCGUUUCGAAGUACUAUGUAAUCUAUGGGAAUUAGAACAAAAAUAUUUAUAUUAUAAACGUCAAUUAUUAGAUUGUUACUAUGAAGUUUAUCAACAUACAUUUGAUGCAAAUGAACGAAAAUGUUUAUCAAAGAUAAUAACAGAUAUUGUAGCAAUGAGACCAAAAAUUGAUUUUAAAAAUAGUUCAUAUUUUAUUCAAUCAUAUAAUAUUGAAAUAAGAAUAUUAAUUGUUAAAUUAAAAAUUUUAAAAGAAUAUAUUAAUCGACAUGUUCGAGAUAUGCGUCUAAUGUGUGAUAAUUUAAUUGAAACAGAAUCAGAAGAUUAUGGUUCAUAUUUAUCAACUGGAAUAAAAAAACCUAAACCACCUUCAAUCUUUCUGAGUGCAUCAAAAAUACGAAAUUAUUAUUUAUUUGAAUAUAUUGAAUCAUUAUCAUCGAUUAGUCGAAUACCAUCAAUACUUACACAAACUAUCAAUGAACUUCUUUAUUUUGAACAAAUACAAAAUCGUACACAAAAUACAACUAUUUAUCAAUUAUUAUAUGAAUUAGAAUAUAUGGAUUAUUUAUAUACGACUUAUUCAACUUUAGAAAAACCUGGUCAUACAUUUUCACAAGCAAAUCAACGAGAUAUAUUUAAUUCAGUGUAUAGUGAAAAUCCACAAGUUGUAGCACAAUUAGCCACAGAAAUAUUAAAACAAAUUGAUGAUACACGAACAACAAAAAAAGAACAAUAUGAUAAAUUCACUAAAUUAAGUACUCAAUUAAUUGAUAUAAUUAAUCUAAGAUAUCGUUUAGUUAAAUCUGCUAGUGAAUGUGAAAUACUUACAAUGAUUUAUAAACAACAAACUGAUGUAAUGAAUAUUGAUCAUUCACAUUUAUAUAUGCGUUAUAUUCAAUUUGAAUUUGCCCAACAAAAAAAUAUUACAAUUACAUCUGCAACAGAAACAUCUGAUGGACGAUUGGAUAAAAUAACACAACAAAACAUGUUAUUUGCUAUUCAAGAAUUAGAAGAAGGACAAAUAGGACGAAUUAAUUUUCGAAAUAAAGAACAAUGGCAAUCAUAUAUAAAUGAUGGAGAAGAUGCGGUGGCAAACUUAAGAGCAGCAUUAAAAGCACAAUUAAUUCAUAAUAAUUGUGUCCACAUAGCUAUCUAUCAACAUCGUUUAGCUAUUAUAUGCAUAACAAAUCAACUAUCAACAAUGAAAAUGCGUGCCAAUUCAGCAAUGACACCAGUUGAAGAAAACAAAACUGGCCGAACGCAUAUUAAUACAGCUGCACAAUCAAAAACAUUAUUGAACAGUGUCCUCUACGAGAAUCAACGACGAAAAUUAUUUCGUGAUUAUUUUGUGUCGAUUCAAUUUGAAAAGACACCGUGUCGUGAUCAAAUUUUGAACGAUUUUUUGAAACAGCGUGAAUUGAAACCCUUGCAAUAUCAACAACCACGUGAAUCAGAAAAAUUGAAGCGAAGUUUAAUACAUGAGUUUGUUGAUCGUGUUCAUGCAAGGAUUAGUGUGAUAUCAACUCGAAUGCAACUACUAUAUGUAUAUAAUGGACUUAGACAGAUAAUAGAUGAAUUUCCAUUAACUGCGAGAACACAUUUUAUGUGGGGCAAAGAUCCAGUCGUUGAAAAUCCAGACGAAAAGAUCACAGCAAAAUUAGCAUCAUCACCAACGGUUCCAGAAACACUGCAGUCACAAUCAACAUUAGCAAAACCGACAUCAAACGGUUAUACAAGUCGAUUAGAACAAUUAUUUAAUAAUGAUGGUACUAAAUUAGUAAAUCUUUGGUAUAUACCAACAUCGAGUGAAAUUUUAAAUAUGUUCCGAAAUUUAUAUCCGGAUGUGGAUCAAGUUCGAGAGCGCCUAAGAGAUGCUGUGAGAAUUGUCUCAUCGUUAAAUGAUCUUAUUCACGUCACCGUUGCCUAUGCAUUGUUGAAUAAUGCAGCAGCUAGUUCAGAUCAAAGAUUGGUCGAUCGAAGUUUGGAUCUUAGUAUGUUUGAUCAAAGUGGCCAGUUUGCUUCUGAACUUCAUGAAAUUCAACGUGAAAUGGAUCUUCUAAUCGAAAAUGGUGUGACAAAUGACAAUUAUCAACAGCAACAACAAUUAAAUACAACAUUAGUGGCCGAUUUACUGGAGACAAAACGAAGUUUGACAUUAUUUCAAUUUUAUUUUGCUGGAGGUUAUUUAAUACCAAAAGCAUUUUUAACAGCAAAAAAUAAUGAGGCAUUUGAAUGUGUUCGUUCAAAUUCUCAACAUAUUCUACAUUAUCUUGUAAAUGAUUUUUCUUCUACAAAACCUUAUUAUGUACUAUUACCCGAUCCUCUGAUUCCUGCUCAACCUCUAUCUACUAAAUUAUUUCCAUGGACAACCUAUGAAUAUAAAUAUAAUGUUAAUUCGAAAAAACUUUGGCCAUUUUACAGUUUAAUUGGAUGGUUAAAUGUUUGUCUAAUUAAUUUAAGACCAAAUGAACUCACAACAGCCAAUGCUGAAAUAACCUAUGCUCAUGUGAUGUUUCAAGAAACAGAUGAGAUUAUGAAACACCGUUAUACUGAACCCAUCGUACUCAGAAAAACAAUGCUAAAAACGGGAAAUAUAAAACAUCCAUUGUUAAAUAAAUAUCAUCUAGCAGAGCUAUAUAUCAUUGCUUAUAUUCGUCUUGAAAUUUUAAGACGAGCAUGGAGUACUGGAAAAUUGAACGUUAGUGAUAUUACAAAUGUAAAAUCAUUUGAAGAAUCGGCCAUGAGUUUUCGUGACGAAAUUUUAUCACCUAUUCUACGACAAUUAGCAACUGUUGUGGGUGAAGGAAGCUUUUAUGAUAAUUUUGAAAAUGCAUUAUAUACUGGACAAUUACCUACGAAUGUAACCGAAUACGAUUGUAAACAAGCAUUAGUUGCACGUUUACUAGUCGAAAUUGAAAAACAUAUGAUUAAUGAUACAAUAAAACGAUUUAAACGAGAAAGAACUCUUGUAAUAGCAGAACGAAAUAGAGAAGAAGCCAAUUUACCAAGUGAUUUAUGGAAAAAACAAAAUUAUACAGAAGGUUUCAAUAUUAGUAGACCACAUAUUCUAGACGAAUUUGGAAAAUUAAUUACUCAAUAUGCUCUAAAUGACGUAUUCACUAAUAGUAUUUCGGAUACUAACAAUUUGAAUGAUGUAAAAAUGGAUAGUCAGUCUAUUGUAGAAGAGUCAAAUAUGAUCACAUUUGAUGAUGAUCAACAAUCGACAAAUGAGUCCGUAACUGUUGUGUCACAUAAAUAUGACGAUACUCUACUUCAAAUACGUAAAUCUGAUUUUGAACUAUGUUUGAAACAAUUAGGAAAUCGAAUUAUGCAACGUGAACACGAUAACUAUAUCAAUUAUAGUUCAUAUUAUGAAAGUUUACUAUAUCAUGCAAGACAAUUAUUACAAACACGUGAAAAUGAAAUUGAUUCAUUGAAAUUACAAUUAACAAAGCAACAUUACGAUAAUGAAAUUGAAUCACAACUGUUAACAUUACAAUCAUAUUAUGAACUUGUUGCUGAAAUAAUAAAAUUACGAUCAGCACAUGAUCAAUUACUAUUAGAACAACGAAAAAAAAUUCAUGAAACAACAUUGAAGAUAAGAGAAAAUUAUAUGAAGGUUAAUAAACAAUUGUUGAAUACAAAUUUAAUAUUAAGACAAAAAUUUGAAAAAUAUCGUGAACAUUUAUAUAAUUCUGUUGUCAAAAUUAUCUCACAAGUUAAAAUUGAUAUGUAUGAAAUGGCACGAACAAAAUUAGGUAAAGAUGGACAAUCUAUAAUUGAACAACAACAUAAUGAACAAACAAAACUUACUAAUAGUUUACAAAACGAAUUGUAUGAAACAAAGCAACGUUCAAUAAACGAAAAAAAAAGAAUCGAAGAUGAAUGGUCAACGGAACUUUCUAAAACUCAAAAAGAAUUACAACAAACCAAAUAUCGUUUUGAACGAUAUCAAAAACAUUAUACACGUAAAACGAAACAAUAUUGUGAAGAAUUACAUACAAUGAAAAAAAUCAAUAAUUAUUUGAGAAAAAAAAUUAUGCUCAAUGAUAACUUAUAUAGACAGUUAAAAGAAAAGAAAUCUAAAUUGGACAAUGAACACUCUGUUGAACGACACGAUGAAUUACGACAAGCAUUAAAUCAAAAACAAUUAAUUGAAACAAAAUUAAAGUAUAUGGAAAAGGUAACUGAACAAUUAAGUUUGAAAGAUAAUGAACUUGAGAAGAAAACAACUGAAUAUGAAAAAGAAAAUCAAGUCAUGAAACAAACGGCUAAUUAUGUUAAACGUGAUAUUGUCCACUUACGAAAACAGUUAGAAACAGAACGUUCGUUAAAAUUCGACGCAUUUCAAAAAGUUGAAACAUUAAAAACAAAUCUAGAAGAUUUAGAAGAAGAAUUAGAACAAAUAAUUGUUAAUGAUGAACAAAUACGAGCUGGUGGUAGCAGUAUAGUAAGUGGUCCUGCAAAAUUUUUAUCAACAUCUCGGCCAUCGACACCAUGGAUAACGAUUGAUCGUGAAAGAGAACCAAAUUGGCAACAAAUUAUGACAAAAACACGACCAGUCACAUCAUCUUCUUUUUCAAGAAAUACAAAUAAACAACAACGACUCGUCGGAAGAGUAUGUUAUUCAUCAACAAGUCGAAGACCACAAACAGCAAAUGUACAAAAUAUUAUAGAAAAUAUAACUCCGUUAACCGAAGAAAUUCUUUCAAAUCUCGGUACACAAUCAGCAACGCAAUCAUUGCAAAAAGUUCGAAUAAGAAGUGCAAAAGCGUGA